GUGCUCACGGACGCUGCUGCGGUGACGUGCCCGGACUGCUGCAUCUCCAGCCUCAUCUUCCUGGAGAGAAGCUGCGCGUCUGAGCGGUCGGGGCUCUGAAACCGGACUCAGUAUUCAUGUGGAGACUGUGGACCCGGUCCAGCUGUGUUACUGAUCCUCUCCAUCCACAUGCCUGUACAGAGGGCCAUGAGCCCACCCAGCCCCUGCCUUCAGCAUGAGCCUCCGCACCCUAGGGGGCACUGUGUUUGGCUCCCUGCGGCCUAGCCUGGCUCUUGAGAGUAGUCUGACCGGUGGUGGUGGUGGAGGAGGUGGUGGAGGCUGGAGUUUUCCCUCUCUGAAACCUGUUUCAGCUUUACUUCACACCAUGGUUCCUCCAGGCUACACCGCCCUGCAAGAGGAGAGGCUGGCGAUGGUGGACCUCAGCGCUCCCAAACCAGAGCUGCACCAGAACGGCUUCCACCGCGAGCCCGGCCGCCGCCUGUCUGACCGCGCCGGACGCACGUCCCUCAGCCUGUCGGAACCUGGAGACGGGUGCUAUUCAGAGACCGAGCCCAUGCUGGCUGAGACCCGGCUGUCGGGAGAGGAAGCUGAUGAGGAAGAGGAUAGCGAGGUGGAAGGACAGAGACCGAGCGUCCGAAACUUUCCCAAAGAGUCUCCACUGGCCAUGGCUCUGCAGAUACUGGUGCCAUUCCUGCUGGCUGGGUUUGGCACGGUGUCAGCCGGCAUGGUGUUAGAUAUAGUGCAGCAUUGGGAGGCGUUCAAGUACAUCACAGAGAUUUUCAUCCUGGUUCCUGCUCUUCUGGGCCUGAAAGGAAACCUAGAGAUGACCCUAGCGUCCAGACUCUCCACAGCGGUGAAUGUGGGAAAAAUGGACUCGCCCAUAGAGAAGUGGAACCUCAUCAUUGGGAAUUUGGCACUGAAACAGGUGCAGGCUACAGUUGUGGGGUUUCUGGCAGCCGUGGCGGCCGUGGUCUUGGGUUGGAUCCCUGAAGGAAAGUUUCAGAUGAGUCACGCCGUGCUGCUCUGCUCCAGCAGCGUGGCUACAGCCUUCAUCGCUUCUCUGCUGCAAGGAAUCAUUAUGGUGGGUGUCAUUGUGGGAUCGAAGAAGACGGGCAUCAACCCUGAUAAUGUAGCCACACCCAUCGCUGCCAGCUUCGGUGACCUCAUCACACUGGCCAUCCUGGCCUGGAUCAGCCAGGGCCUUUACAACUGCCUGGACUCUCACCCAUACGUGUCGUCUCUGGUGUGUGCCUUCUUCAUGUGUCUGACUCCAGUGUGGAUGGUCAUCUCCUCCAAACACCCAGCCAGCCGACAGCUCCUCUACUCAGGCUGGGAGCCCGUCAUCACCGCCAUGCUCAUCAGCAGUAUUGGAGGUCUUAUCCUGGACAAAACAGUGUCUGACCCCAACCUGGCUGGGAUUGUGGUCUAUACCCCUGUAAUAAAUGGUAUUGGUGGAAACCUGGUGGCCAUCCAGUCCAGCCGGAUCUCCACACACCUGCACUUUCACAGCACCCCAGGAGAAGUACCAGAUGAGGUCAAAGGCUGUUACUACCCUUGUCGCACUUUCUGUGGCUCAGGAGCCAAUCACAGAUCGGCACAGGUGUUGCUGUUACUGGUAGUCCCGGGUCACGUGAUCUUCCUGUACACCAUUCACUUGAUGAAGAGUGGUCACACCACCCUGACCCCCAUCUUCAUGGCCGUUUAUCUGGCUGCUGCACUGCUACAGGUCUUCCUGCUGCUGUGUAUAGCAGACUGGAUGGUGCACUCUAUGUGGAAGAGCGGGAAGGACCCGGACAGUUUCUCCAUCCCGUAUUUAACGUCUCUGGGGGACCUGCUGGGUACAGCGCUGCUGGCUCUCAGCUUCCACUUCCUGUGGGUGAUCGGAGAUCAGGACAGUGACGUGGGCGACUAGAGUCACUCGCCUUAACCUGAAACCUGAACACACGUCUGUUACGUUUGACUCGACUCUGUGCUGCUGGGUCACUGCCGGACACAGCCGUCCACUCGCGGGUGGGAUGUUACUUUCCCUCGUCUUUUUGGCUGAAAUUCACCUAAAGGACUGAUGUGAAGCCGAGGAGGGAGGCCACAAAGAAAACCUGACAUCCUUUUGUCUGUCAACAGCUUUUUAUAUGUUUAUUCAAAAGACAAAGAGACUUCGUAUUGUGCUUUAAGAGAUUGGAACCCUUUUUUUGGAUGCAAUAAAAUUGUAAAAAAAAAAAAGUUGUAGCAUCAGUUCAGUCGGAGAGUUGAGGAGCUCCCUAAACUCUCUGCUGUGACUGAAAGAAAAAAAAAAAGAACCUAAAAAAAAAAGGCAUUGCUGGUCUGUCAGGCUUCCUUAACUUUGGCUUGUUCUUUAUUAUCAUUAUUAUUAUGUUCGUCAUUUUGGUUUGAAUUUCUUUGGUUUACUUACUUUUUCUCAUAUAUCAAUGACCACAUAACACAAGGCUCAUUUAUUCUCCUUUAAUGUAUGAAUAAUAAUAUGUCUUUUUUAAAUGUUGCCCACAUACUUCUAUGCGUUCUUUACAUUGGCAUGGAUGGAUGUUAGGCUAUACAUCCACUAGAGGACAGUUUAGAGUCAAAAGUUUCUACAACAAGCAUGGCAACAGUGGAGGAGUUAUUUUUCUAUUCAUACAGAGUUUUGUAUCAUUGUAUCCAUAAUAGGGCUGCAACGAUUAGUCGAUAUAAUCGACAUUGUCGAUUAUUUCAAUUUGUCGACUACAAAUUUAAUUGUUCACUAAUCGUUUAUUUGUAACAGUACUGCAUUACACAAAGUUCAUAAACAACAUUCAGAUAUUUAAAUGCCAUUUAAAUCUCAUGUUCUGCUGUUUUUAUCAUGGUAGAUGGCAGAAAUAAUCGUUGACUAAUCGACUAAUCGGAAAAAAAAAAUCGUCAGAUUAGUGGACUACCAAAUUAAUCAUUAAUUGCAGCCCUAAUCCGUAAGUCCGUGCUCAUGUUAGACCUGUGACUAUAAUCAUUUAACUAAUCUUCAAAUUAGGAGACCACUUCAGUUUCUGAAUCAGUUUCUCUGAUUUUGCAAUUUAUAGGUUUAUGUUUGAGUAAAAUGAACAUUGUUGUUUUACCCAAAGUCCAUUUUACAUCUUAAAGUUCUCCUUUAACUGUGAGCAUAAAUGAGCCUUAACAAGACCUAGAUCAUUCUUUAUAGCUUAUUUAUUUAUGGUAAAUAACUCAACCAAACUGAGUUAUUCUCAUAUAACUGCAGUCUUUCAUUUCUCUUAGGAGACACUGCAGUUUCAAAUCCAAUCGGUACGCUGUUUACGCCUGUCAGAUCAGUCUAAUGCUUGCAGUCCAGUGUUUAUGCAGUUCAUAUGUGCUAUUUCUUUUUUUAUGUAUGCACCCCUUAAAAAACAGUGUUGUGCCAAAUUCAGCACCCCUGCUGGGAAAAGCACCCUCUCUUGGGAGUGUGCAUGUACAUCAUCUUGGCUUUAACUUUUUUUUUUUUCUCGAAAAUACCCAAGAUGCUGAGAAAUAAUAUGAAAUGAUAAUAGUCAUGUCACCUGCAGCUUCUCCAGUGCUUACCCCUACGAGGAGGUGCUUUUCCUGGCAGGGGUGCUGAAUUCGGCACCAUGGUAGUGCUGAAAUGUGCACCCCUUCCAUGAAAAGCACCUCCUCUUAGCAGCGUGUACGCAACGUCUUCUUGAAUAAAAAAAGUGCUUUAACUAUACUUAGAAAUACUAUAGAAAUACGCUCUGAGAGGGGGUGCUUUUCCUGGCGGGGGUGCUGAAUUCGGCACCAUGGUGGUGCUGAAAUUUGCACCCCAGCCAUGAAAAGCACCCCCUCUUAGCAGCAUGUAGGCAACGUCUUCUUGAAUAAAAAAAGUGCUUUAACUAUACUUAGAAAUACUAUAGAAAUACGCUUUGAGAGGGGGUGCUUUUCCUGGCAGGGGUGCUAAAGUCGGCACAACACCGGCACAGCACAGAUGUGUCAGAGAAAGCUAUAUUUGUUGGAUAUAUGUUGGUAAUGGGUCAGUAUUUGUCUUUGUCUGAAGUUUUAUUCCAGAACUUCAUUCUUUUUUUUUUCACACAAAGUUUUUCACAAAGGUGCCAUUAAAAAGUGUGUUUCGCUACUCAGUGCUGGAAAAUUUGAUUUUAUCUUUUUGUCUCAAGCUCUUUUUUAUACUCACAAUAAAUGUCUGGUAUUUGUUUAUGGUCAA